CCCAUGCUUUCUAUGCUAUAUGCUUAACCCCUAAACCGCCAUACCUCGCCUUUAUACUCCAAAACGCACUUUGAACGCCAUUAUCCAUCAAAUCAGCAACCAAAUAACAUCCAACCAAAUAACAUCAGUCACCAUGUUCGUCCUUUCGCUUAUGCUUCUCGCCUGGCUCGGGCUCUUCGCUCUCGCGCAGGAGAAACACGGACAUGUCCGCGUCUCCGUCGUCCAUAAGAGGGAGACGGUAACCUGCGAGGAGAUGUACGGCAAUGGCUCGCAGACCUGCGGAGGCCCCGACAGCACCUAUUGCUUCAACCCUACUUCCGGUCAGUCGUGCUGCGCAGCCGACAACGGGUUCUGCGACGCGGGGAAAUAUUGCGCGCCGGUCGGAGGCUACUGUUGCUUCGAAGGCGAAGACCUCGAGACGUGCGCCAAAAACGCCGGCUUCACGCUCCCAGCCUCCAUCUCUAACUCGUCGUCGAUGGGCGCUAAUGCGAUAGCCGGAUCACCGACUGUGACUCCAUUUCUCAAGGAAUCGUCGGUGCCGGCCACAGUAGAUAUUGAAAAUUGCGGUUCACCCGAACCUGCCGAAGCUAUAGCUAAAAACUCGACCACGUCCGCACCAACAACGACGGCACCGCAUACGAAUGCGACAACCCCGACAUCUCUUGUAGAAGUUUCCUUCGCAAGAAGACGGGCUGACCCUAUAGGCGGACGAAUAGUAAUGGUUGGGAUAGUUAGUCUUUUGACACUCAUUUGAACGAUUUAAUCUCUAGAUCAAUGAAGGGCAGAGAAGGGAUCCCCAUU